AUGAAGGCACGAAAACCAGCCACUGCUCCAUCGUCCUACAGGCCUGUCUCCCUUACAUCUGCGGUCUGCAAGAUCAUGGAGACCAUGGUCCUGGUGCGCCUGCAGUGGAUAGCCAGGGUGCUGGAGUUCUUUCCGGAGCAGCAGACUGGCUUCCGGAGUCGCCGCUGCACAGCUGACUCCAUAGGCGACGUCGUGUCAACACUGGAGCAGGCCAGGAGCGAAGGUGAGGCAGCCCUGCUGGUCCUCCUGGAUGUGCAGAGUGCCUUCGACGGCCUGCCCCACCAGGUGGUGAUACACGCCCUCGAUGCACUGGGAGUGUCGGGACGCAUGGAGCAAUUCGUGCGUGCCUUCCUGACGGUCGCUCGUUCCGAGUGCGCGUGGGCACCGCACAGAGCUCCCCGCAACCGGUCACGGCAGGCGUGCCUCAGGGGUCGGUGCUGA